AUCCAUAUAUAAGUGGCUCUGUAUAGUUCAAACUCAUGUUGUUCAAGGGUCAACUGUAAUUCAGUUGAAUUUCAGGAGACGAACCAAGAAAUUUAUAGAAAGAUAAACUAUGAUGGGUUGGCAUUAGUGUAGUUAGGUGACCUUUUAAACUUUAAACUUCCACAUCACAGUAUGAAGUUGGUUCUGAGAUAAGAAAUAGAAUAAAUUGUCCCCUAAGGACAGACCUGAAUCUCUGACUGCCUAGAGGCUCACUCAACCAGAGAUCAUGGCUUUUGAUGGUACUUGGAAGAUAGACCGGAAUGAGAACUAUGACAAGUUCAUGGAAAAAAUGGGUGUUAAUAUGGUGAAAAGGAAGCUUGCAGCUCAUGACAAUCUGAAACUGACAAUCACACAAGAAGGAAAUAAAUUCACGGUCAAAGAAUCCAGCAAUUUUCGUAACAUUGAUAUUGUUUUUGAGCUUGGUGUCACUUUUAAUUACAGCCUAGCAGAUGGAACUGAACUCAGUGGUGCUUGGAGCCUAGAGGGAAAUAAACUUGUUGGAAAAUUCAAACGGGUAGACAAUGGAUGUGAACUGAAUGCUAUCCGAGAAAUUGUAGGUGGUGAACUGGUCCAGACUUACACAUAUGAAGGAGUAGAAGCCAAGAGGAUCUUCAAAAAGGAAUGAGCUUCAUUUUUGGAGCACAGCCCAGAACACAAAUUGAAUAGAAAAUCUAUAUUGUAUUAAAACUGUUUUUCUCUCCCUGAUUAGUCCUUUUGUAAACAUAACCAGUGACUUAUAUUUCUAGUCUUGCCAAGGCAAGAGAAGUAAAAGCUAAUUAGGAUUUAAUUUGUUUUACAUUCUCUAAGAUGUACAUUUAUUGCUGUAUUCGUGUUGGAAAAGAAUUUGUGACAUGUUUUAAAAUAGAUGAAUAAACUUUGUUCCCACAUUGCUUUGUAGGUAGCUUUUCCUUUAAAAAAAAAAAAAAGAAAGAAAGAAAAAGAAAAAAGAACAAAAAGGAGGGGCACCUGGGUGGCUUAGUUAGUUAAGUAUCCAACUCUAGGUUUUGGCCAGGGUCAUGAUUUUACGGCUCGUGAGUCCAAGCCCCACAGCAAGCCCCGCAUCUGGCUCUAUGCUGACAGUGUGGAGCCUGCUUGGGAUUCUCUCACUCUCACUCUCCCUCUCUC